AUGGCGAUCUCUUUCGUUCAGAGCUGCACAAACGGUAAGUGGGCAAUACAAUCUGAACCAUGCAAUGGGGAACUGUUAGAAUUUAGCUGUGAAUAAGUACACAUGUGAGACUGUUUAGUAAUGUCUGUGUUGCCCUCCACCUGCCACAGCACUGUAUUCUCUUAAUUUGGAAUGUGCACUCAAAGCUUCUAAACUUAUUAUCCUGCAGAGUAUCAACAUAGAGUGUCUAUUUUUUUUAGGUUUUUAGCCUUCUAACUCCAUUUAGCCAAAUGUUAAAUAUCCCUGCUAUUGUAAAAUAUUUGCUUUGUUAUAUUUAGUAGUUCUCAGUUGGCCAAUAUUGAAGACCUUUUCUACCUUGUGUAUAAAACUGGGUAAUUGACUAGUUUUGAGCUGUUGGGAAUUCAAUGUGCAGUUGGAAUUUUACACUGAAAAGUGUUUUUAAGUCUAUGUUCAGUUUUGGGUAUUUUUGCCUGAAAUUUAAAAUUCACUCUUCCAUUGGUACAUUUAUUAGUUCAGUGAUGUAGGACAACAAGCUGUAUUUUUCAAUACAAUAACCUGGAUUGGCUCAUUACCUGCUAGGUCUCUUGUGACCUAUUCUACCCUGAUUCAGUUGAUUUAGUCUACAAAUGUAGACUAUGGACCGCUUUUCAAGACAAACUCCCACAAUAAGCUGAAACCCACCAGACCUAGAAUGUACUAAAUGUCUUGAUUAAAAAAAAAUCUUCAGUGCUGGAAUUCUACUUGAUUCAGCUUACCAUAAAAAUAAACAGUUUAUUAAUUGCAUAAUGUAAAAGAUUUGAACCAGUACAAGCAUUUCAGGAGAAAUCCUCCUUAAAGGAACACACUAGUGUUAGGAAUACAAACUUGUGUUAAAUUAUAGCUUUAAAAUAAGUUUAGGCCUGACCCCCUCUCUGUACCUUUUAAAAAUAUUUUACUUUUUUCUUCUCCAUCGCUGUGCAGGUAUUGCAGUAGCUGACCUAAGCUUGAUGAUCUCAGCCAAUCCAAUGCUUUCGCAUUGGGAGACUAUUGUGCAUGCAUGGUAAAUUGCCAUGCUGUGCCAAAACAUGUCCUCAUAGAUAUGCACUGAAUCAAUACAUCUCGUUGGGGAGCGUUUAGUAUCUCCAUGCUGUAUCUCAUGGAGAUGCAGCACCAACCCAGGAAAUAACUGAAGUGGUGGUCUAAGUGAUUAUCAGUACAGGUGUUACUAGACUGUAAUGUAAACACGGCCUGAAAUUCCAUCACUGAAGCAUUUUGUGGACUUUCUAAAGAUUAUUUAUAUUGUAGCUCUUGCGAAUUAAAGCUCUGGUGGUUUUUUGCUUAUUGUGGGAUUUUUCUUUUCCUGCAUGGCUUUACGCUGUCUAUAUUCUACAUAUGUUUAUGAAAGUGUGGAAUGGCCACUUCAUCAACCAUUGAGUUUAUAUUUAAUAGGUUUCUGUGAGUGACUCUUUGCUUUUUUAAUUUUAUUUAUUUUCACAUGCCUAGGCAGACAAUAAUGCAAAGCCAGAUUGUCCUCUCUGCCCACCCCCUCUCCAUUUAGAUCUCAAGCUUAACCCCUUAAGGACACAUGAUGGAAAUAUUUCGUCAUGAUUCCCUUUUAUUCCAGAAGUUGUCAUUAAGGGGUUAAAGGGACAUUCAAGACCCCCAAAGCACAUUAGCUUUGUGUUAAGUUUGCCCUCCAACUUCCCCCCCUCCCCCCCCAAUUUACAUAAAGUAUAGACUUCAUUAGAAAAUUACUUUUAGAAAUUAACUUUGUUACACCAUCCACCCCCAGCUGUCAGACAACCAGUCUUGUUAAUUCCUAGUAGUUUUGCUCAUUCAAUCUAAACCUAAGGGGCAACUGCUGCUCAGUCUUGUAAAGACUUCUCAUUGAGCUGCAUUGGGAAGUCUGUAAUUGCUCGGUCACAGAAAGUCUGGGCUGGGGAAGGUCAUUUUAGGCUAGCUCAUUAUGUAUCAAAGAAUCAAAGUGUAUUCUAAGUGGUAAUAUUCAACAAAAUGUUGCAGCCUGAAAAAUUAAACUGUAUUGUUUUUGUUACUUUGCAAAAUGUUUAGAACAAGACCAUGACAAGCCUCCCCCUUUGUGCCUUAUGGUUUAACAGUCUGAGUUCAUAUGUUGGUGCAUAAUGGAAAGAGAGUAACUGUCAGUUUGUCAAACAAUGGGUUGACAGACCUGUUUUGGACAGUGAGAUAUUUGGUGUGUCCUCGAAUAGCCAUACUCUGCUCAGGUUUAACAACACUGGAGGGAAUCAAAGACCUUAAAAAUUAAAGCAUUUAAUUAAAAACACAGGGCCCCAUGCUUUUUAAAAAUAAUUAGAAUAUUGUCAUAAAACAUAUCUUUAUUAGAACUCCCUGAAAGUAUCCUUUCUGUAGCUGCUUUGCCUCCUACAAAACCAUCAAUCCUGAUUACUUUUUUUUUUUUUUUUCUUUGUCAAUCCCAAGCCUUUUCAUAAAUCAGGAACUCCUGCAUUCCUCCAUUCAGACGUUUCCCAUAAAACAGCGAAUCCCAAACGUUAACAGAGUUUAGCAUAGUAUUGCUGGGAAUGAAGGCAUGUUAUUUGAUGUAAGCAUUGUCGUUUCUCAGGAAUAGCAAUGUUUUGAAUUGUCGGACUGUAGGGACAAGGUCUAUACACAAAAAAACAGACUACAUUAAAAUGUGGUAGUAAUGUUGGUGAUUUUUAAGAGCUUGCAAGUUUAUAUAAUAAGUCUUUAACCUUUUGGCAGCGCAAUGCUUAAAUAAUGUAGCAGUUAGUUGGUGCUUAGAAUUAAAAUCAUUGGGGUCAAUAGAACUUCCAAAUAACUAGUGGGAUUAUUUUAAUCCCUGAAUACAUGCACCCAGCAUGUUACUGGUGGAGGCAUAUCUACAAAAUGGUGAGGCUGCUCAAUGGGAGCUGUGGUAUGGCUGUUUAGAAUGAAAAAUGGCACAAGCAUGUUCUUUCAUGUGUUUUACAAUAACCCCUAAAGCUAUCAGAAUUUAAACUCCAGACGAUAUCUGAUCAUUUUCAUUGAGUUGGGUAUAUUUACACAAAAUUCAGUGCUUGGUAAAUAAACCUGACAAUGUGUUAUUUCUGUGUUUUUUAGUUUUGGUUUGUCUGUCUGUGUUUGAGAUGUAAAUUCUUCUAUAUUCAGAUAUUAUUUUGAUAGCCCCAAUAUCACUCAAACUUUUUUUGGUUUGGAUAUUAUACUGCACAACAAAUCAACCAAUCCCCAUGACUUUGAGGUAAUCCUAGAAUAAACAAAGUUGUGUAUUAAAAAUGUACCUAAUGCCCCUUCGAAAGGCUAGCUAUCUUAAUUUUGUCUAAUUUUUACCACUAAAUUGGGAAACUUUUAAAGUAGUUCUGUUGGUUGCUCAAAUGCAGUUGUGCUUCUUAUGCCAGUUAAAUCAGUGCUGCUGAAAAAAAUACGCCACACUUUGUGUGUAUGUAUCACUCACACACAUACACACACACACACACACACACACACUCACACUUCUAAGUGUUUUGGAGAUGAUCUUCAGUAUAUUUGUGACACAAAAGCAUGUAACACCUGGGUGCUCCUUCAGUUACAGUCCUAUUUAAUGGCACUCUGUCUUGGAAUAUACUUCCCUGACAAUGACACCUGGUUUUUGUAGUUCAGCCUUAUCUGGCAUCUUCUAAUCUGUCUCAAAAUGGAAACAUUCUUGUACAGAUCAGAGAAUCAUAGGUGGGGCACUAGGCAUUCCCACAACAACAAGUUGUCCUGUGUGGAUCUGGAUGUCAGGUAAGUAUUUUCUUUAUCUGCAAAUCUAUAAACUUGCAAUUGCUAUCCCAAUACAUAAAUGGAACUAUCUCUCUGUUAAACAUGUCCUGUUACAUUUUGACCAGCUGCCUUUUACUUGUUUUAUCUUGUAUAAACGCUCUGGUUAACUGGGUUAAUUUGCAUUUGUUUCUAUGUACAUGUACAGCAGUAACUUAAAAGAUGGAUCACAUUUGUGCAAUUAUCCGUAUACAGUAAAGCAAAUUGAAUGUAAUUUAAAAAAAAUUCUAAUUUUGAUUUGAAUGUACAAUUCCCUACUCAGUUUAGUGAAAUAGUCUGUCCAUUUCAUCCUUCCAAAGUAGAUAUGUAUAUAUAUGUGUGUGUGUGUGUGUGUGUGUGUGUGUGUGUGUGUGUGUGUGUGUGUGUGUGUGUGUGUAUAUAUAUAUGUGUGUGUGUGUGUGUGUGUGUAUAUAUAUAUAUAUACUCUCUCUCUCUAUCUAUAUCUCUCUAUCAAUGCCAGACUUCUUAGUUUGAGAAGAUGUGUUAAUAUAACUUGAAUCCUCUUGGUGGGAUGCAAUAAAACAUUUGUUAUACAGAUUUUAUACUGGCGAUUCAACAAAAAAGUUAAGGAACCAUUUUUGUGUAGUUAAACACUGAAGGAGGGUCCUUAGCCACCCCAUGGUAUGGCUAAGCAAGAGGUUGCACACUUACUUCUAGUUAUAGUGAUUCAUACCAUAAUGUAAUAGGCUGAAAGUGGUCAGCUGAUAUGCUCAAUGUCUAGAACAGUGGUUCCCAAAUCAGUCCACAAGGCACCCCUACCAGUCCAGGAUUUAGGGAUUACCCAGUUGUGUCCAAGGUGUUUUUUUUUUGUUUGUUUUUUCUCCUUUUAAAAACACCUUGGACACAACUGGGUAAUCCCUAAAUCCUGGACUGGUAGGGGUGCCUUGAGAACUGGGAACCACUUGUCUAGAAGCUAAACAUGAUACAUGUUGCACUCCAACAUUUUGCAGCAGUAAGUGAAUAGAGAAAAUCUGUCAUCUAAGUUUUUUUUUAAUUUUUUUAAAUUUAUUUAUUUUUGUUUAUUUUACUGCAUGAAAAGUCUUUGAUGCAGUGAUGUACAAUGCAAAAUGUCAGAGAUCCACAGCAAUAAAACUCAAUGAACUGAUUGCUCUACAGUUUGUAAUUUCCCCCAAUAAUUUUAUACAUUACACUUUGAAUAUUUGGUAUGACUGUAUCUUGUACUAGUCAGUGCCUCACAAACCACUGACAUAACCUCACCAUGUUCCUGGUUAACAGAAACUGUCCUCCUUUUUUCAGUGGUUGCUGGCUCAUGCAGUAUUUCACAGUGCAUAGGUAAACUGAGGAAUAUUUUUAUACUUCUGUACGAUUUAAUACUUCUAUAUAUCAUUCUAGCUAGGGGCUUUUGUAGUCAGAUGGAUCUCAAACUUUUUUUUUAAAAUUUAUUUUAUUUUCAUUGGUCUGUGUGGCAUGUGCUGAUUUCCAACGGCCCAUGUUCAUUUGGAUGAUGGUACGUCUUUUUUUUUUUUUUUUUUUAGGUACCCUGGUUACUCUGAAAUGUCCUUCACGUCAGGUGGUCUGCAAGAUCUUGAGUGAUGUUGACACCAGCCUGGACUCCGCUGUAACAACAGACUAUGACUUUCUUAUUGGGCUGGCUCUGGCUGUGCUUUCCUGCCUUCUUAUUGGAAGUAGUGUUAUCCUUAAGAAAAAGGGACUGCUACGUCUGUCACAACAAGGAGGGAUCCGUGCAGGUAAGAAGCGUUAAGCCUUGUUGUUUGGAGAUUUGUAAGUAAAUCUUCAUUUGGUCCAAGGGAAAUGUAUAUUUGAUUGAAAUGUAGGGAAUCCUAAAUUCUGACUUGUGAGUGAAACCUUUGAGUCUCAAGACCGAUCACCCAACAGAGUAUAAUGUGUUGCCACUGUGCUUGCAUACAUAUAUAAUCUUUCAGGUCUCGUAAGAGAAUUGUUAUGGGCCUUGACAAGCUACAAUUUGUUUUCUUUUACUUUGUUCCAGGUGCUGGGGGUCAUGGCUAUCUCAAAGACUGGAUGUGGUGGGCUGGCCUUCUAACAAGUGAGGACAAAACAAACACCACUGCUUAAGUUAUCAGUUUGACAUCAUGAAUAACCUAAUGAGUAGAUUUAUACACACUAAUGAAGAUAAGAGCUGCCUUUUUAUUUUUUGUGGAGAGGCCAGCAAGAAAGUGCAGAAGCUGUGCUGAUUUUAUUAAAUUUUGACUAGUAAAAAAAAAUAAUGAAAAUACUGACGUGAUUAAGGGCUAAAGAACCCCUUCUUAGACCCAUUACACCUAUUAAAACCUAUGGUUCUAUGCCAAAUACCAUCUUCAUGGAAUUUUACGCUAUACCAAUUUUAAGAGUUUAAAAACAGGACCUUUUUAUAAAGACCAAUUCUGGGACAAUGCUCUAUUCCGUAGACUUAUGUCUUGCGUGUGUAGUUUUUUGUUUUUAUUUACUUUAAUGGAUCCAUUUUCUUCUCUUUACAGUGGCAGGAGGUGAAGGUGCCAAUUUCGCAGCAUAUGCUUUUGCCCCAGCCACAAUUGUUACACCUCUGGGUGCCCUUAGUGUCCUAAUCAGGUAAUAAUUGUAUUAUGUCGGAUUUUUUUUUUAAAUUAAACUAGAUUAAUCUGGGUUGCACAAAUGCCUGACUACUUAUCAUGGAACUGUGCCAGAGCACUCCUGUCAUAAUAGUUGGCUUACACUUGUUAUGAACAUUAACUGUGUAGAGUUUUGCUUUGUGAAUGUCUCUGCACGGAUAUUGUUGGUGCCAGGUCAGUUUUUAGCUCAACAUGACGUGUGUAUUCUUCACCUUCCUAUUUUCCAUGGAACUAUUUGUAUAAUUAUGCUGACACAAAAUAUUAAAAUCUCUUUAUAACCUUUCCUAUCCAGUGCUGUCCUGUCUUCUUACCUGCUGGGAGAACGGCUGAAUCUUCUAGGGAAGUUGGGAUGCAUUCUCAGUGUACUGGGAAGCACUGUAAUGGUAAUCCACUCCCCUGAGGAACAGGAGGUUAAUACUUUGGCAGAAAUGACUUCAAAACUCAAAGAUCCAGGUAAGUGACACAUGGAAACUGAAGGUAAAUUGUAGCGUUAUUUUUUUUUUUUUUUUUUUACCACUUGCAAACCUAAACUAAUAUUGUUAACACUGGUUUGGUGUGUUUAUGAAUGGUUAACGAUUAACAUACCUACGCUCCACCCCAUAUUAAAAAAGAGGGGUAUGUAAUUUGCAGAGAAUUACAGAAACUCUAUAAGCAUCAAAAACGUUAGCUUAAUGAGCCAGUGUGUAUAUAUCAUGCCCCUUCAGUCUCACUGCUGAAUUCUCUGCCAUUUUAGACGUUAAAUCACUUGUUUCUGUGCAGGCCUAGCCACACCUCCGCCUACUGUGACUGACCGCAUGCAUGAAAAUAUGGUUUAAUUUUCAAUCCAAUGUAAACGUACUUUAAAAGUUUAGAUCGUCUGCUCUGUGUAUUGAACUUUAAAAUCACAUGUAGGAAGCUCAUGAGUGAGAUCAACUUUAUUAACAGAGCAGGAGAUAAGAAAUUCUAAAUGAAAGAGUGCAAUAACGUGUCAACAUUAUAUCUCUCUAGAGGAAGUAUUUAGGAAGGAUGUGCAAGUCACAUGCUGGGAGGUGUGACUAGGGCUGUAUAAACAAAGUGAUUAAACUUUUAAUUGGCAGAAAAUUGAGGUGUGGGGACAUUAUCUAUACACCAAAACAGCUUUAUGUUUAUAUAAGCUAAAGUUGUUUUAGGGACUAUAGUAUCCUUUUAAAAGCUUGCCAUGUUUGAUUUCCAGGCAGAAAGUAUGUCACUUGAGAAAAAUACAGCUUUCAUAUCUGUGACCCAGAGAGGUCUUGUAUGAAGUCACAAUUGUUUGCCUAAAUGAAGAACAAAAUAAAUCUCUCCCUCUUCAGAGUCUAGUCAAAACAUUGUUAAAACAGAUCUUCUCAAACCAUAAGACUUGCAUUUCUCACAGAAAUCUCUCCUCUAACUUCCCAUUCCUUGAUUUUCCCAUAAAUUACUGUAUGAAACAUCCAAUAUAACAGAAGUUUUAACAUUUAUAAUGUUCCUAGAUUUUAUAGUAUGAGUUUGCUAUAAGCAUAUGCAAAUCUAUGUAUUCCUUUUUUGUGUGGUUUUUAUUUUAUAUAUAUAUAUAUAUAUAUAUAUAUAUAUAUAUUUUUUUUUUCUGCAGGUUUUAUAGCCUACAUAACAUUGCUGCUAAUAUGCUGCCUGAUCUUAAUCUUUGUGAUCUGCCCUCGCUGUGGUCACAGUAACAUCCUCGUCUAUCUGGCAAUAUGUUCCCUCUUGGGGGCUUUCUCAGUGUCUUCUGUCAAGGGAUUAGGAAUUGCUGUUAAAGGUCUUCUUAUGGAUCAGCCUGUUGUUCAACAUCCCCUUCCCUGGAUCCUUAUCCUGAUCUUGGUUGUAUCAGUAGUUACUCAGGUCAACUAUCUCAACAAGUCUCUGGAUGUAUUUAACACUUCAAUGGUCUUUCCCAUCUACUACGUCCUAUUUACCAGUGUGGUUAUCACAACGUCCCUUAUCCUCUUCAAAGAAUGGGUUUCCAUGUCACCGGUGGAUGGUGUUGGAGCAGUUUGUGGAUUUGUUAUCAUCAUCCUAGGCGUCUUUAUGCUUCAUGCUUUCAAGGACUUCAACAUCGGUCUUCAAAGCCUUAAGCAGCAAUUGCAGAUCCAGCAGUCACCCUUACAUACUCCACCAACCUCCCAAAAAGAGGACCAGAUUACUUUAAUAGACUAUAUGGAGACUGAGAGCAAAGACAAUGUUCCAAAGGUAUUUGUGAUCUAUACAUAAAAAAAAAAUAAAAAAAAAAUCAGAGACCAUACCCAAGUGUUUGCUGCACUGGUGCUUGGCUUUAUGAUUGUGUAUUUUUCUUUUUAUUUUUUUAUGUAUGUUUUAGCAGCCACACAAGACUUUUCUGCCAGUAUUGCAGCAAUAUUACUAUAAAUGGCACAAACUGGUUACGGACAUUAAGUUUCUGUGAACAUUUUUCAAUUUGGAGCAGAUUCUACAAAUUACAUUCUGCUUGAAUUUUGCUAAACUCUGGAAUUCUCACAAAGAUUUGGACCUACAUCUGCAGCAAGAAACUUUUUUUUUUUUUUUUUUCUUUUUUUACAAUAAAAGUGUAUCAUUAAGAGCUAAAACAUACAUUCUCUGACUGUAAUGCAAACUUAAAUAUAUAUAAAAGAUUAUAUUGCAUGGUGCAUAACCUAAGGUUCUUAUAUUUUAAUUUGUAUCCAUUAGCAGAAAAUUAUGGGAGCAAUCUUCCUUUAAAUUGGACAUGUGUGUCUAAAAUGGAUUCUCCCAGCAUGCAGUUUACAUUUUCAGGAUUUUUAUAUACAAUUUUGGGAUUAAAAAAAAGUUCAAUGAAAUAUUAGAUAUUGCCUCAAGAUUAGGGUUUCUUACUGGAAAAACCUAGAAAUAGCCUUGCUUCCUAGACAAUCUGCCUCUUAUUUACUAAAUAUUUUGAAGGGUCUAAUCCAGUCUGUGAAUAGGUAACCCAUCACCUGGUCUAUUUAAUCCACUAAUGCUUAACUGUUAAAGUUUAUCAAUUCAAUGUUUACAGAAUCCACAUUCAAAGUUAUGAAUUUUCUUGUAAUACUUUGCUCUGUAAAUGUGUAAUGUUUGGUUUUUAAAUGUAUAAAUGUAUUUUAAAGCUUAUUGUUAGCCACACCUCAUUUAUUUCCCCUCUAUUCUCUCACCCCCCUCCAUUAACUGUCACUACCAUAACUAUUCAGUUUUACACUUUUCUGCUAACUUUACGAAAUUUGAGAGAUACAUUUCGUAAGUAUACCAUGUUCAAACAAUUUAUAUUUUUUUGCUUGCUUGCUUCACUGCACUAACUCCUCAUUUUGGUGUAGAGGUAUACCCUGAUUACUAAAAUCUCACUUUAGGGAAUAUCUUAAAAAAAUAAUUGAGGUGAAAACUUAAAACUAAUGUACUUGAAGUAGUUUUUAUUCCCACGCUGGCUGUGUCGAUAAGGUGAUGGGUAUUGGUGAACAGGGGCCCAGUUGGGUGCCAAGGCCCUUUAAGAGUGCACCCAGGUCCGUGUGUGUGUGAGAGAGAGAGCUAGGAUAGACCAGCCAGCCCCACUAUCUGCCUUUUCAGUAGCAGAACUCCAGGAAAGCCACCCUUCUGCAUAUAAAAUGUCAACAAGAGGGUGGCUAAAAAUGUUGUGUAACAGUUUCAGUGUGUGUAUAUGUAUAUAGCACGAAGCGUGUGCAUCCAUUACAUGCAAACACACACCCCACCCCCUUCAUUUAUACACCAAUAUUACUAAGUGCAGCUCCAUUUAAAGACCAGAUAUCUACACACUUCUACACUCACAUUACAUAACCGUACUACACUGCUUUCCAAUGGCAACAGUGCAUACAAUUACACAUACAUGCACAUUGACACAAACCAUCCACAAUGUGCCCAUGUAGGUGUAUUUGGUGUACUGUUGCCAUUGGAAAGCAGUGUAGUACUUCUAUGUAAUGUUUGUAUGUAGUGUUUAACUCCUUAAGGACCAAACUUCUGGAAUAAAAGGGAAUCAUGACGACAUGUCAUGAUUCCCUUUUAUUCCAGAAGUUUGGUUGUGAGUG